AUGCAAAACGGUACACCAAAUGGGACCUCACAACAUGACGAACACGUGACACCAGUUCCCAGCGAGAAUCUUCGCGUUUCUCCCAAACCAGACGCAGUGGAGACAGUUGUCGCGUUUAUGCAAACGCCAGGUGAGCAAAAAGUUGAUGGGAUUGUCGAUACACACACCGAGGAACCUCCGUCAAAGAAACGGAAGCUUGCUGAGGGCAAACGCUCAACACCACGACCCAUAUCGCCACCAUGGAAGAAAGCUGGUGUCGAUGGGCCUACAUCGUUUUUUGAAGGCGGUAGGAGAAAAUCCUCGAGAACAAAUGCCAUUCCUUUGGAUCUCCAGCCAGCGUCCGCAAAGAGACAGACUCGAGGCACCCAAAAGGAUUAUACAACAAAGCCGACAACACCCGCCGUAUCGUCACCGUUAUCCUUAACUCCAGUGCGCACCACGGGAAGCGGUAGGAGAUCGCUUGGGACAAAGACAGGGUCAAAUGGCAUGGUGAGCAAUGCGGAAAAGAAAGAGACAAGAAGGAAAUCUAGCUCGAGGCUUUCUCUCAGCGGUGCCACCAAUGUUGAGUCAUCACUACCUGCUACUAACUCUGCCAAGUCACGAGCACGAACCCAGAUCAGCACGAAGGCAGUUGUGAACGGUGGUGGCUCGAGACAUACCCGUCGCAAUGCAUCCAUAUCGACCGCCGAAUCGCCGUCCAUUUCUCGAGGCCUCGAUACCCCUGUCGAAGGAGAUGCGCAUAAAAUUGGUGGAGAUCUCAAGGUUCCUCGACUGCGGCUGAAGUUGAAGAAGGGAUCCGUCAGUGUUCAGCAUCCGGGUCAUGUCGUUCCUCCAAAGCAUUACCCCUCGUUUCGAGACUGGGUCCAGGCCGCCGAUGUUCUUGCUGGGGAGAAUGUGAUCUCAACAAGUGAAGAUGCCCGACAAGAGGCCGUCAAACGACUACGAGUUCUUGAGGCUGGAGAGCCUGGCGGCAUCCUCAGCCCGCAAGUUUGCUCUGCUUGUCUGCCCGAGCCUCAAGAGGAACCUCCGAUACAAUAUUCUCAUCAUGACCACCUCGUCGCGCAUGCUUUAUAUUUCCGCAAACUCCUUGAUCAAGAGCAUAAACGGCAUCGCCACACAGCUCGCCAACUUGCGCAUUGGUGUGCCGAAGUUUGGAGAAAGAGAAACAAACGACCAGAGGAUAUACUUCGCGAACAAGUCGAAGAAACGAAAGCGAAACGCCGACAAGUCGUCAGAGACCUUCAGAAACAAUUCGAUCUUGUUCGCGCUGAAGUCGAUAGGGUUCGUUUAGCACGGUGGGAAGAGGAAAGAAAGGCGGAGAAUCAACAGGCAUUGAACCAGGCGAUCAAGCAGUCCACCAUGCUUUUUGAGAAACGAAGACAAGAAAUCCUUGGUGUUGGAAGCGAUAUGGACACUUUCAGUGAGGAUGUUGAUGAGGAGUCAGAAGAUGAUGACGAAGAUGAAGAGUCUAUUACCUCGGACGCAGACGAAGGCAACAUGUCUUCGAGCGAAAGCGAUGACGAAAGCGAAAAUGUCGUUGACGAUGAUGAAGGGUUAACUGCAGAGGAGUUACGAUUGAAAUAUGCAAACAUUCCCGAUACUAUAUUUACAAACCACGACUCAGAAUCAGAGUCUUCCAUGCGCGGCACUUCGGAUGAUGGGCGUACAGAAGGCGAUUUCGCUUCACAGAAUGCGUCUGGCGCCCCGUCGGUGAUGCCACCCGACCUUGACGAUGUUGACCCUCUUCUACUUGACGAUAGUGAUGAGUCUACGGAUAUGGAGGACGAUAUGGGAGACUCUGAUGAUAUGAGCGACGAGGAUAGUGAUGAAGAUGAAGAUAGCGAUGCUAGUGAUGACGGGCCAGGGCUCCUAGGCUUCCUCUCUUCAAGAGACCGAUUGGUUGCUGCUAGUGCAAAUAUUCCACAACCAGAAGAUCUUGACGAACAGGAUGCAGAGGAGGGAGAAGCUCAAGUUGAUGAAAAUAUUGAGAUGGAAGAUGCAGAUGAAGUCUCUCUUAUACCUACAGCUCCGGUCGAACAGGCGGAAAAGGCCGAUAAUGCAGAAAAUGAAGGGCAACAGGCUCAAGAGCACCUUAACCUUGAAGCGCACACUACCGAAGACAAUGAUGUCAGCAAAAUUGAGGCGCCAAAAGAAGAGGAGGAUAGAAAGGCUGUGGCAGAGCGGAUGGAUACCGAACCUGGAUUCACAGCACGAGCUGAGGAUGGUACUCAUGAAAUACAUCACAGCGGUGAUGCUUCCAGUCAAGCUUCCCCUGGAACCGUUGCGACGAAGCCGUCAGAACCUGAGUCCAUGUCAUCUUAUGAACCCCAAGGUGACAAACAGUCUGUGACAGAAUCGCCUGUUCCUGCUGGAUUAAAGACACCCAUUCCGCAUCUACUUCGGGGGACGCUACGUGAAUAUCAACACUAUGGGCUAGAUUGGCUAGCCGGGCUAUAUACAAACCACAUUAAUGGUAUAUUGGCAGAUGAGAUGGGUCUCGGCAAAACCAUUCAGACUAUCGCCUUGCUCGCGCAUUUAGCGGUUGAACAUGAGGUCUGGGGCCCGCAUUUAGUCGUUGUUCCUACCAGUGUCAUUCUUAACUGGGAGAUGGAGUUCAAGAAGUGGUGUCCCGGAUUCAAGAUCAUGACAUACUAUGGCAAUCAGGAGGAACGAAAAGCAAAGCGACGCGGUUGGACGGACGAUAGCAGCUGGGAUGUUCUUAUCACAUCUUACCAGUUGGUGUUACAGGAUCAACAGGUUUUGAAGAGAAGAAGCUGGCAUUAUAUGAUUCUCGACGAGGCCCAUAAUAUCAAGAAUUUCCGAUCCCAAAGGUGGCAGGCGUUACUCACUUUCAGGACACGUGCUCGUCUCCUUCUAACCGGUACACCGCUUCAAAACAACUUGACUGAAUUGUGGUCACUUCUUUUCUUCUUGAUGCCUUCAGACGAAGACGGAGCUGGUGUGGAAGGAUUCGCAGACCUGCGAAAUUUCUCGGAAUGGUUUCGACGACCUGUCGAACAGAUUCUGGAACACGGCAGGGAAACAAUGGACGAUGAGGCGAAGCAGAUCGUUCACAAAUUGCAUACUAUUCUUCGACCGUAUCUUCUCCGACGAUUGAAAGCGGAUGUCGAGAAGCAAAUGCCAGCCAAAUACGAGCAUGUCGUCACCUGUCGGUUGUCCAAGCGGCAACGAUAUCUAUAUGAUGGGUUCAUGUCCAGAGCUCAAACCAAAGAGACGCUAGCUUCUGGAAAUUACCUUUCUAUCAUUAACUGUCUUAUGCAACUUCGGAAAGUCUGCAAUCACCCUGAUCUUUUUGAAACACGCCAGAUAUCUACAUCGUUUGCGAUGCCUACAUCUGUGUCGCACGAUUAUGAGGCCAAGGACAAGCUUAUCCGACGACGUCUUUUGUACCAGCAUCCCUUUGACAAACUCGAUCUAGACUUUUUAAAUCUAGCACCUAUAUCGCGGGAAGACCUCUCUACGAGGUUGGUUCAGGACAGUAGUCGUAUAAUGGCUUUUGGGCCCUUGAAGACACUGCGCGAGCGUCAAUAUAAACGAACAAACUGGCAGAUGGGUUUUGACGGGUCAUCAGUGCGGUCUAUACUAGAGUCGAUGGAUAAUGCCGCAAGGAAGAAGCGAAUGAACGAGCUUGAGAGUGCGCUUUAUUUUGAAAGUAACCGGCAUGGCCGACGUCCAGUUUGGGGGAAGAGCUUAAUCAAAUUCCUGACCAUCGAAAGUCCCUAUAAUGGGGUUGCAACUCGGGAUUCUCGCCGAAUAUCGAAGCUCGAGCAGCUAGCAAAUCAGUCGUCGGUUCUAGCUUCUAUGAUUAAUUCGAUUCAAGAUAGGUCUCAGUCUAUGGAAGGCUACAUUCAACGGUUUGGAUGCGUAACCCCUGCUGCUGUGGCAGCGGGGACCACAGAAGCAGCUAUUACUCCUGUUGAGUCCCGCUAUUUUGAUCCAAAGAUGCGGUAUGAGAAUUACGAUCCUUUCCACGAAGCGCAGAUGCGUCUGUCGAUUGCAUUCCCGGACAAACGAUUGUUGCAAUAUGACUGUGGAAAGCUGCAGCAAUUGGAUAAACUACUUCGUGAACUUCAAGCAGGUGGCCAUCGAGCCCUUAUCUUCACGCAGAUGACAAAGAUGUUAGAUAUCCUAGAACAAUUCCUGAAUAUCCACGGACACCGCUAUCUUCGCCUCGACGGAACGACAAAGGUUGAGCAACGACAGAUGCUUACAGAUCGGUUCAACAACGACAACCGUAUUCUUGCGUUUAUCCUGUCCACUCGUUCAGGAGGUCUAGGUAUCAAUCUUACUGGCGCAGACAGCGUUAUCUUCUACGACCUUGACUGGAACCCUGCAAUGGACAAACAAUGCCAAGAUCGUUGCCAUCGGAUCGGACAAACCCGCGAUGUCCACAUCUACCGGUUCGUGUCUGAGUUCACGAUUGAAUCGAAUAUCCUACGGAAGGCGAAUCAGAAACGUAUGUUGGACGACGUGGUGAUUCAAGAAGGUGGAUUUACAACCGAUUACUUCACCCGAGUCAACGAUGUGCGCAAAGCAAUCGAUGAAUCUGCACCUGACGACCAACAAGACGAAGCCAGUAAAGCAAUGGACCGUGUCCUCGAUAAUCGCGGCGGAGGCGGUCUAGCCGUCACUAGUACACGAGUCUUUGAACAGGCCGAAGACAAAGAAGAUAUCGACGCCGCCAAAAACGCACAAAAGGAGAUGGAACAUGCCGACGAUGGAGAUUUUGAGGAAACCGGUACAACAACCGCGCAGAUCCUUUCGGGCGCAGGAACACCGAGUGUCGUUGACGGCGGCGAGAAAGCUGAAGACACUGAAGGGAAAGAAGCAGAAACUGAACCGAAUCACAUUGAUGAUUAUCUUGUACGAUUUAUGGAGUGGAAUCUCCGCGAUGAACCACUUGUUCUUCCGCCUGACAAGGCCAAAAAGAAAUCCAAACGGGGGAAGGAGCACCGAAUUAGACGUCGGUAGACUUCUUGGUCUGAUAUUGGUUUUGGAUUUUGUUGUUUGUGUGAGUUAAACGUUGCAUGGAUGGUGUACUUUUGUCUUUUAUUCUUAUAGUGGUGGUGCCUUUACUACCUUUUUAUUACGAUGUCUUAAUCUAUAUAUGAUCCUCUUCUCUACUGUGUUAGAAUAUAUUAUCGUUUAUCAAAAUACCACGAAGCUUUCUCAAUCCUUAUGCCAUAUACAAACCGAUUAAUCCGUCAAUUGAAUCGAGUACCAUCAACCUGGCUGAAUCACCUCAGCUUGUACGCUAUUGGACCAUACAAUACAAACCGCGGCUCCGUACACACCUUUCCAAACUAUAAUCUAAGCUUAUUUGAACUCUACCUCGCUUGAACGAACGCAAUUCGGCAUUGGUUCUGCGUAUACUCGGUGUCCCAGUGCUCCGGAUGAUCGAUUGGUGAAGAUCUUCAUGUGCUGCCUAACAGGGUAAUCUCCGCCAUUUCGAUGAGUGAGUGAGGGGUAGAAAUGUCCUGAUUUGAUAGGAAUAUCUUUCUCAUUAG